UUACCUAAUAAGGACAACUCUUGUGUCAGUUCCAGGAUUCUGUAGCUGUGGCACACGAUACUGUCAUGCGAUAAGACAACUACGGGUGUUGUUGCUUUUAGGUGGAAACUCCUGUAUUAUAGCGAACAUUCUACACGAGUUAAUGACUCGAAUAGACCUCUUGGUUUGUGCUAUUCCGCCGAACAGAUUAAGAAGUGCAGUUUUCUCUGCCGGCUGAUGGACAAUUGGACGUCGAUGAUAGAAGGGCGGCUAUGCGGAAGCACCAACCUAGCAAGAAAAGAGCAAAAGUUGACUUUUGUUAGCUUAGUGCGCUCGCUACGGUGCUGUCAAGGUUUUGUUUAAUUCAAAGACUUGUGGAAUUAUUUAAACGGAGUCCCUUUCCCCACCCUGGUCCAAACUAGCUUCGUAACGCUCGGCUGUUAGUGGGCGUGCUGGUGGUCCACUCAGUUUAGCUAACAGGAUUGACAGCCCAGCCACGAUUGCGUGGAAGCCGGCGGGGCUGGCAGUCACCUAUGGACAUUGUGAUGAUGAGUGGAAAUUUGUGUAAUGAACUACACUGCUUAGUUAAAUAUCAAAGCAACCCCCAUAUAGCAAGCAUAGCGUCUCUCUUCUUCUUCUUUUUUUUUGCAAACUUGCCCUCUUGGUGAAGGACAUAGUAUAUGGGAUGACGUUAGAAUGUUUUUAUUCAGAUUUGAAAACCUUUAUCUAACCAGAAAAUAAACACCCAUUGAGACCAAGGUCUUUUUUCAAGGGUGAUCUGGAUACGAAGGCGGAGCACAAUUCAAGUCAUAACAAUAUACUGUACAUAAAAGAACAUAGUUCUGUAUAAAAAAAAAAGUAUACAUAAAAGAACACAGUACAAUUACAAACAGAAGACUGGACUACUGUCCAUAGACUACCAUUCUCCCAGAAUGGAGACCAGGAAAUUAUACUGACUAAAUGUACUAAAUGCAAGCACAACAAAACAACAGCAGUCUAGCAUAUCACAACACAAUAGGGAAAAAAGGACAAAGGCAAUGGGCAAAAAAAAGUGCAUCUGAGCAGGAGCAACUAUCAAGAAAUUCAGCACUUUUUAGUCUAAAACUAUGCAACAGAUUAAUGAGGCCAGUUUGAGUCGACUCUGGAGGUCAUUCCAGGAGCAAGGGCCAAGAUGAAAAAGGCUAUAUAAGAAAGUAGUAAUUGUGUGAAGGAAGUAUGUUGAAGUGAUACAAAGAGACUAAGGCCCACCAAACACCAGGCGAUUGAUCUUCGCACACAUAGCCAACUUGCUGCAAUGGAAAAACUGCCACCCCUGGUGUGAUCAGUUUCGGCAUUCCGGCAACAGAAAUGUGAGAGUCCAGAUGCAGGAAAGCGCCCCAAGCCAAGGUUCCGUUGCUAACAAACUAAAGCGAGAAACCAGUAGUGGUUUAGUCUGAGGUCAUUGUGGCGCUUCCUGCUGAGAGGAUUAUGGUUAAGGUCAUUGCACUGCAGCAAACUAAAAGGAGCAAAAACUGACAACUCAUCAGAUGACAACAAUGAAUGGAAGGUGGAGUGUUUAAGAGGCAUGUGUGAAGAAAGGCUUUUAUUUGCAUGUCAAUUUUUAGAAGAUGGAGAGCUCAAGCAGCAGCAAGCCGGUCAUGGUGACGUCCUCCCUCAACUUCAAAGUCACCACGCCGUCCUUUUACAACCAGCCAAAGAAGUUUGCCUCUGUGGCCCCACCACGGCCCAAGAGCACGACUCCGCCCUCCGCGCCGUCACCAACGCCAAUGCCUGUGGGCACAGGCGUGAUCGGACGUGUUGGAGAUCUGCCCCCGCCGCCCCCCUCGCUCUGUGAUGAUUUCCCACCCCCUCCUCCACCUCCUCCAAUGGAUGAUGACUUGCCGGCCCCACCCCCUGAAUGCCAGAUCACACCGCUGGCCUCAGAAGCCCCCCCGCCGGCCUUCCCGGCUCCCCCACCCGUAGCAGAUGACCUUCCCUUACCUGCCGCCCCUGAGGAGAGUGCCCGUUUGACGAGCUUCCCCACACCCCCUCCUCCUCCCCCACCACCUCCACCCGCCGCCACUGCUACCGGUUUUCCCAGCGGUGUUGGGCACAUUCAGAGGGCUGUGACCAAGCAAACAAGCUUGGAUAAGCAAAUCGACUCUCUGACAGACUUGCUUUCCGAAAUGGAGACGCGGGGGCCCUUCAACCCUAAGUUGCCAAACCAGUAUUCUGCAGCACCAUCCCCCAAACCAGCCGGUCCCCCACCAACAGCCCCCAAGCCAGCCCUCUCUUUUCUCCCUCCUCCCGAGAUGGGAGACCGCCCACCUCCUGCGCCCUGGGCAGAGGAGCUCAAAGCUCGGACGAACCGACAGGCCAACCACGACUCACCACCACCACCAGUAGCCAAGUCCCCAUUUGGAGCAAGAAUAACCACUUCGUCUUCGUCGCUGGCGAAAAAACUGAACCAGAACCUGAACCAGGCUCCCUAUUCAGGCAGUGGUCCGCAGAAAACUCCCCCCGCGUCUGGCACCAGCACUUUCUCCCCAGUUCCGGACUCUCCGCCUGCACCUGCAGCGCCGCCUGAAAGUGUGGCCCCCAAUCACAUGAAGAGUCCUCAGUUUGUUGGUCAGAACCGAAACCCGCCCGCUGCCGUGCCUCCUCCCCAACCUAAGACCAUGGCUUCCCCUUCACCCUCCUCCUUGAAUCAACCAAUGAAAUCUCCCCCUGCAUCCACGCCAUCACCCCCUGGUCCAGUGUUAACCUCAGGAGGAGGCGCACCGCUCAACAUGAGGGAAGUGGAGGAACUUGAGAGAAUGACCAAGGACUUCAUUAAAAAAAUGGACGCUCACCCACCUGUUGGCCCUGCCCCACCAACUGACGUCUGCGGCAAGUGUGGCGAGGCGCUGUCCCGCACUCAGCCGGCCGUGCGGGCCAUGGAGAAACUUUUCCACUCCAACUGCUUCUGUUGCAUUACAUGCCGUCGCCCCCUGGAGGGCAUGCAAUUCUACGACAGGGAUGGCUCUCCUGAGUGCGAGGACUGCUACAUGAAUUCUCUGGCGAUGUGUUCCCGAUGCGGGGAGAGAAUCACGGAUCGUGUGCUGAAGGCGGUCGGUCAGUGUUUCCAUUCCCACUGUUUCCGCUGCAGCACCUGCUCUUGCAUACUGGAGGGGGCGCCCUUCAUCACCGACGACAACAAUAACCCCUACUGUGUCCAGGAUUACCACAGGCGUUUCUCGCCGCUGUGUGUCAGCUGCAACGAGCCCAUUAUUCCAGCACCAGGCAGCGAGGAGACGGUUAGAGUUGUGGCUCUCGACAAGAACUUCCACCUUAAGUGUUACCGCUGUGAAGACUGUGCUCGCCCUCUCUCCAUAGAAGCGGACGAGAACGGCUGCUAUCCGCUGGAUGGUCGUAUCCUGUGUAUGAAGUGCCACGCCAAGCGAGCCAAGUAGACAGCGCAAUGAACCUUCCCCCCCCCCCCCCCCCCCCCCCCCUCCCCCUUCCGGUUAAAUCUGAACCAAAUCCAAAAGCACAGGUUCCAUUCAGCUUUCGGCCUUCGCGUUACAGGGCUUAGUUUAGUGUGAAUGUCCUAUGUGAAAAAGGGUGCUUUUUGCAUGGUGUGCUGCGUGCUCUCGUCUUCGUUCGAUCCACUUUAGUGCAGAGGUAAUGUACUGCACCGCCACAGAGCUCUUCCUCUAGAGUAGACUAAGCCUUUUCGAUGUCGUAUGUUUAUGCUAAAAACGCAUCUAUCUUGCACAGACCGCUUGGAUCAUAGAGCAGUCCAGUAGCACCAGGGAGCAAUUCAGAACACUCAAUCUGCUGCUCUCAUGGCCUAUAAGAAUCGCAUACAGUAGAUUCUCUCAGCGGGACCCCUGUGUUUGUUCAUUGCCACUUUCGUUUGGCUGCUGGUUGAGGAGAUUUUAAAAGACGUAAGCAGUCGUCGUGCCAGCAUGUAAUACUCGGUAACACUUACGGUAAUUGAAACUAGUCAAGAGCAGAGUUAAGUAUUAAACACAUUCUGUAUGGCUCGACAAGCUGCGAACAAAGAGCCACGCAAAGCUUUACCAGCACAGAUUCCAUUAUGGGGAUCUCAUCAUGUAGCUAACAGUGUCACCAACAAACAGGACCCAUUGUGUGAUUUAUUCCUGAAAUAUACUUGGUGCCACUUUGACUCUAAAGCCCAAGCACACAAUGGUAGGCAUUGUUUUUCUGUUGCAUCACAUUAGAACCUAUUUGCUUCACCUAAUAUUAUAAUAUAUGGACCUUUUUUAUAUUCCUACCUAAGUAUGCUGUUCUAUCAUUAGGAAUUACCUUCAAGACUUUUAGGUGACAUGUUUGAAGCAUAGUGACCAAAUAUUUAGAAGCUGUAUGACGGAAGUGCUUGGAACAUUUUUUUUUUCUUCUUUUACUCAUUUUUGAGCCCUGUCCUUUGACCAUGAUCUCCUCUUAAGUUUAAAGUAAACCCUUCCAUUACCUUCCAUUAUUCAACUUUUCUACUUCUGUAUUAUUUUAUUGUACUGUAUUGUUUACGUCUUCAUUCCUAUCGUUCACUAUUGCAUUCCGGCGGUCCCUUACAAUGGAAGCUGGUUUACAUCCAUAGAAAUGUAUUCCUCACUGAGUCCGGUGCAAGAAAACAUGACAGUAGUGACUCACCAUUGCAUGCUCGCUGUGUACUGUGGGUGCUGGCUUUCCUCAAGUAUUAUACGGUCUUCUGCACCAACAGCUUUAAAUGCCUUUGCGUGCUCAAAUACUUAAGACGAUGCCUGCAUACAUCCGAUGUGACGUUGCCUUGUCCUUUUUGUAUAACUUUUUUAUAUAAACAAACUGUUUGUGUGAAUGUAUAUGUUUCAAAAAAAAUAUCUAGCCCCCUUCAAAGAAAAAAAUAAAUGAAUAAAAUGUUA